AUGAUCAAGGCGAUCUUCUACAGCAAAUUCGAUACGAUAGAGGGACCCAAAGUCGUCCACCAAGUCCCCGAUGGAGCCAUCGUCCCCUCCCCCACGGCACCCUCACAACCACCCUUACUCAUCUUCUCAGACGUCUCCUUCUUCGUCAUUCCCCGCCAGGAGCUUUGCGGGAACCUUCUACAAGUCUGCACAAAUGGCUACCGUAUCCUGGGCUACCCAAUCUGCAUGAAGUCAGUGCGGUAUGACCGCAAUGAAUUCAUCUUCAACUUUUGCAUAGUCCUUGCCGAAGAGGAUGACUUUAGCACAUACAAGAGUGUGGCGCAGAAGCUAGCAGACUUGAUGCAUGGCCUGGAAGAACAGAAUGGCUUUUUAUCCCGCGAUUUCUCGAAGAGCGGGGAGGGGAAGGUGUACAGUCUCUGCGAGAUGUUGAUGGAGGACUUGAAUAACUAUUGCGAGUGCAUGAUACCCAUUGAUGAGUUGAACACGUUGAACAUUAAACUCUUCCCGAUAUAUCCCUCUCCUCCACCUGUCAAGGCCUGGCAGGUGCCUCUUUUCACAUUGCGAUACCAGGCCUUUAUGGAUGAGAACUGGGACUUGACCAUGCAAAGGAUCGUCCCACACAUAAAUGGCGUGAACAGCGUCCGCAUCAUCUCCAUCUUAGCCGACACAGAGUUUUCCCUCACCUGCCGCGCCCUCCGCCACCUCCUCUACUACGGCUGUCUCUUCAUCCUCGACAUAUUCUCCUUCUCCGCAAUCUACGCCCCAACCGCCCAAUUCACCCCAACAAUAGCCUCCGACGAAGCAAUGCAACUAGAAUGCGCCCGCUACGUAAACCUCCGCUUCGCACCACACUCACCAGUCGGCCCCUCCACCCCCCUCCCAGCAACCCUAAUCCCCAGCCCCAGCGCCAACAACAGCACAAACGGCAGCACAGGAACAGCCCCCCUCUCCAGUCUCACAGACCCAGCGCCCAGCCUAAGCCGCGACGACUCCCGCUUCGACUCCCGCUUCGACGCAGAAGAAAUCUGGCCCCUCCUCGGCCCUGAAGAAUCACCCACACCCACAGACCCAAUAAUCACAGACGCAACCGCCCCAACAGCCCUCUACAAACCAGCCAUCGUCGACGGCGUCGCCCUAGUCGAGCUCUACGCAAGUCUGAAACAAGGCCAAAGCGUAAAGCAAUGGUACGCAGCACACAGCCGCGCCCUGGCAAACAUCGACAUCCGCCGCUUUAUCACCUUCGGCGUCAUAAAAGGUUUCCUGUACCGGGUACACAAGUACGCUUUCGCGACCGGACAGCCAGCGUCCACACCACGAUCUUCGUCGUUUGCGCCGACGGGACGGUCUUCGCGCGCAACGACGGGGUCGAAUACGCCCUAUGCGGUUUCGAGCGUUGGGGAGGAGACGUCGGCUGUUUCGCGGCGGGAGUCUAGUCGCGAAAGAGCUGGGUCGUCGGUUAGUGGGGGGAGGGGUGGGAUUGGACUUGGGAAUGGGAUUGGGGCGCCAUCGGCGUUUUGGGAGGAGGAUGAGGAGGUUGGUGAUGAGGUUUUGGCGAAGUAUCUGGAUGGGACGCAUUGCUUUGAUCAGAUUUGUACGGAGUUGGAGAUGAGUGAGAGGGAGUUGACGGCUAGGUUGAAGAGGUAUCCUUGGGAGGUUUUGAUUCUUCAUCGGUGA